CACUUCAUGGCGGCGGCGGACGCGUGCGCGUGGUACAGGAAUGUGCUGGGCUCGCCGCAGUUGGUGUGCGCCCCAAUGGUGCGCCAGUCGGAGCUCGCCUUCCGUCUUCUCACACGUCGAUUGGGAUGUCAGUUGGCGUUCACCCCUAUGCUUGUGGCGUCGGAUAUCGUGGCGGCUUCAGACGCCGCGCCUGGUCAUUCGACAGGCGACAUAUCGCAUCAAUUUUUCGCCACCGCAACCGAAGAUCGACCGCUCAUUGUACAAUUGGCGGGAAACGAUCCCGUGCUUCUCGCCAAAGCUGUGACCCUUCUCCAGCACCGCUGCGAAGGCAUCGAUCUGAACCUUGGAUGUCCUCAGCGCUGUGCACGCACAGGCCACUUUGGCGCGUACCUCUUGGACACUCCUGAUCGCAUCGAAGAGAUUGUGCGAGCCAUGGUCCGAGUGGCUUGUGUUCCCAUUUCAUGCAAAAUUCGCAUCCAAGAAGAUAUAGGAGCAUCCGUUGCAUUGGCCAAGAGACUAGAAGCGGCAGGUUGCUCGAUGCUCACUGUUCACGGUCGCCUGCGCAGUCAACGGCAUCACGAAGGGUCGUGCAAUUGGGAUGCGAUCCGUCACAUUCGGCAAUCUGUGUCCAUUCCAGUGCUAGCUAACGGAGGAAUCGAGUCAAGGGACCAUGCAAUGGAGUGUCUCCAGUACACAGGAUGCGCUGGCGUCAUGGUCGCGUCGUCGCUGCUUCAAAACCCAGCGGCAAUGUCGGCUUCGUCCGCCUCGAUAUACGAGACGGCGUUGCAAUAUUUGGCACUUGUCCGCGAAUUCCCGCCGUUGCAUGUCGACACACCGCGGGAUCACGUCUUGGCCAUGAUGCGAACGAAGUGCCAAAACCAGUUUCCCGAUCUCUGGGGGGUCAUCCAACACGUGCACUCACCAGAUCAGCUCGAAGCAUGUGUCGUUCAUGUCGCCAGUCGCUACGGUCACCACGUACACUCGACGCUAUUCAACGACAAAUCCCUUCCAACGUUCAAGGCAAUCAAGUCGAACUGGACCACAUCACAGCCAGACUGGGCCAACAAUUGUGACACGAACUUCGAUGUAUGGAGCAAUACAGACUACUAAUCUACACCUACACUAUCGUGUG